GACUUGGUUGGUUUGGUGGUGGCGAAACCAUGGGCAACCCAAGUGACAAGAAAUGUGCAAAUCCGCUUGCCUCCAAAACCGGCUGCUGCGCCAUCAUCACCACCGUAUUUCUAUUCUUUCUCUUCUCUGCCACAUUUCAGAGCACCCCAUUUAUCUUUCCUUCUCUCUAUCUAUCGCCGUUUUCUUUUCUCGAGCUUUUACUUUGUAAGCCCAGUGGUCUCGAAGUUGGGAUCUCACGAGAUUCAAAACCCAUCCAUGGAUGCUCUGCAGAAAACCCAUCAGGCUCUAAUCCACUGCGACAAACCCGAUUGAUACCCAUCAGGCUCUAAUCCACUGCGACAACCACAAUUGAGAGCUUUUCCCCAAAUUUCAUCUCUCUCUCUUGGGAGAUUCCCACUCUCUCUGUACCACAUACCCCUCGUUCUCUCUCAAUUUUUAGUAUAUCCCCGUUGCUGAUCUCUUUCAUUGUGCUUCAUAGAGAAGCAGAACCAAAUUGGGCAUUUCCUGAAGGGAAAGGGUGGUGUUUAGGUUUACAAUACAAAACAAUGGAACCAAACGCGAUGUUAACAGGAGGUAUGCCAUCUGGGCUGCUAGGGCUGGAGAUGCAUCCCCACCAACAACAGCAGCAGCAGGCCUCACACCAUCUCCAACAUCAUAUUCAGCAUCAGCAUAACACGCAUCCACUCCAGAUUGCUUCUCACAUGGCUUCUUCGGCACCCCUCGACAAUGAUCUCGCAUCCCCCAUCAAGCACGCCCCCUACCUUUUACUCAACAACAACAGCAGGGGUGGUGGUGGUGGGAGACCGAGCGAUGAAGAGGAUGCCGGAGCAGAAGAUGGGAGGGGAAAGCGGGUGUCACCGUGGCAGAGGAUGAAGUGGACAGACAACAUGGUGAAGCUCCUCAUUAUGGUUGUCUUCUUUGUCGGGGAUGACCCCUGUAGCCUACAGCAAGGGGAGGGCAGCAGCGGGGACGGGAAGAAGAAAUCCAUUCUUGGCAGCGGAGGAGGAAUGCUCCAAAAGAAGGGAAAGUGGAAGUCAGUGUCGAGAGCAAUGAUGGAGAAGGGGUUCUACGUUUCACCACAGCAGUGCGAGGACAAGUUCAAUGACCUGAACAAGAGGUACAAGCGGGUGAACGACAUUUUGGGGAAGGGGACGGCAUGCAAGGUGGUGCAGAACCAGAGCCUGCUCGAAACCAUGGACCACCUCUCGUCGAAGAUGAAGGAGGAGGUGAGGAAGCUCCUGAACUCAAAGCACCUCUUCUUCAGGGAGAUGUGCGCCUACCACAGCAGCUGCGCCGGCCAGCAGCCCUGUGACACCACCGACACCCCUCACCACCAGAUGCCCCAGCAGCAGCAGAGGUGCUUCCACUCAGCGGAAACAACCAAGCAUAUAGAGAUGGAGGCGAGCAAGGGCCUUCGCAUGAAUGGCGGUGACGAACAGCAGCAUCAAGAUACAGAGGAAGAGGAUGAUGAAGAAGAUGAGGAAGACGAAGAGGAUGAUGAGGAGGAGGAAGAGGAGGAGUGGGGAUCGAGUAAUAAGAGGCAGAGGAAGCCGAUGGGGACGACAAUGAGUCGGUUGAUGAUGAGUGGGGAGGAGGGGAGGGAGUGUAUACGGAGGAAGCUGGUGGAGGUGAAGGAGGAGAGGGUGAGGUUCCAGGCGGAGGCGCUGGAGCUGGAGAAACAGAGGUUCAAGUGGGCUAAAUUCAGCGGGAAGAAGGAGAGGGAGCUGGAGAGGCUGAAGCUGGAGAACGAAAGGAAUAAGCUAGAAAAUGAGAGGAUGAGCCUCCUCCUGAGGCACAAGGAGGCCGAGCUCGACACUAUCGACUCCUCCACCAAGAGGCCCGACGCCUCCACCGCCUCUCUCACCGGCCCCUCCUGAAACCCAACCAUUUUCGGCCGCUGUCGGCUUCUCUAAUUUUGAAAGCCCACGCUGCUUUUUUUUUAUUUUCUUUUCUUUUUUUUCUUUUUCUGUUUUCUUCUUUCUUUUUUUUUUUUUUGUGUAACUCGUGUAUAAGUUGAUGAGUACUUCAAAUUCAGAAUUUGAGAUACAUGGUGUCUUUAAUUUACGGAUGAGGGUUCUAUAAGCCUGGGUUUUAUGAAAACAAAAUAAGCCCUCACCCGUCAAUUUUCAAAUUCGAAACUAAACAAAUGAAACUGAUCUUGCGGAUU